GACGGGAGCGGCGGGUGCGGAGCGAGAGCGGAUCGCCGGUGUCCCCCCCCCGCGGUAGCCGCAAUGCCCAACUUCUCCGGCAAUUGGAAGAUGAAGAGCUCGGAAAACUUCGAGGAGCUGCUUAAAGCUCUGGGUGUGAACGUGAUGCUGCGCAAGAUCGCGGUGGCGGCGGCCUCCAAGCCGGCCGUGGAGAUCAAGCAGGACGGCGAGAGCUUCUACAUCAAGACCUCGACCACGGUGCGCACCACCGAGAUCACCUUCCGCCUGGGUGAGGAGUUCGAGGAGCAGACGGUGGACGGGCGGCCCUGCAAGAGUUUGGCCAAAUGGGAGAGUGAGAAUAAGAUGGUUUGUGAGCAGCGGCUGCUGAAGGGUGAGGGGCCCAAGACGGGAUGGUCCAGGGAGAUGACCAACGAUGGGGAGCUCAUCCUGACGAUGACAGCCGACGACGUGGUCUGUACCAGAGUCUACGUCCGGGAGUGACCCCCCCCCUGCACCCCCAACUCCACUGACCCCCAACAACCCCCCUCAGCCCCCCAUCUCCC